UAAUUGUAUCGUUACGUAAAUGUUUUGUAUACCAACAAACGUAUAUUUUGACUCAUUAAUUAACCUUGUGACUACAUGUAUAUUACUGUAAUAUGAAAAGAUUACAGCGACUGUUUUCAGGUAGAUGGAUGCAAAAAACAUAUACAUUAUCUGUGCUAAAUCAACAGAACAGUUUAUCAAAUAAUUGUUCUACAGAAGAUGUAAAAAAAGAAAGCAAUUUAAAUUGUCAUUUAUUUGUAGGAGCAACUGUACUUGCUUAUUUAUCUUAUAAAUUAUUUUAUGAAGAAUAUGUCGCCUAUCUUAAAGAAAUAAAAACCCUUGUAAAACCAGGGGCUUUAAAAGAAAAUUUACCGAAUUACACUCUAAAGCAAGUAGCAGAACAUCGCGAGAGGGAAAAACGAAUUUGGGUAACAUAUAAGGAUGGAGUGUAUGAUAUCACAGAAUUUGUGGAUGCACAUCCAGGUGGGGACCAAAUACUUUUAGCAGCAGGGGCUUCUGUCGAGCCCUUUUGGAAAUUAUAUGGGCAACACCAUGCAGAUUUUGUAUAUGAAAUACUGGAAUCUUUACGAAUUGGAAAUCUGGUUGAUGAUCAAAAACCUUCCAGCACCACGUCAGAUUUUUCGGACCCUUUUAUAAAGGAACCUAUUAGACAUGCAGCUUUAAUUCCAGCAUCAGAGAAACCGUUUAACGCUGAAUUACCACCAACGUUACUCGUGGCAAACUUUAUCACCCCAAACGAACUUUUCUACGUCAGAAAUCACCUUCCUGUUCCGGAAGUGGAUCCAAAGAAAUAUGAAUUAGAAGUAGAUGUUGAGGGGACCAACAAAAGUAUAAAACUGACAGUGGAAUCUCUUAAAAAAUUACCAAAACACACCAUCACUGCCACCAUUAUGUGUGCUGGUAAUCGUCGCAGUGAAAUGACUGAGGUUAAGCCCGUAAAAGGUCUAAGUUGGGGCGUAGGAGCACUAGGUAAUGCUGAGUGGUCAGGUGUGUUACUGAGAGAUGUCUUAAUAUCAAUGGGGAUCGACGAAAAUUCCAAUUUUCAACAUGUACAAUUCGAAGGUUUAGAUACAGACCCGACCAAAAAGCCUUACGGUGCUUCAAUUCCCUUCUGGAAAGCUAUAGAUCGAAAGGGUGACGUUCUAUUGGCAUACGAAAUGAAUAACGAAGUUAUCCCCAGGGACCACGGUUUCCCAGUUAGGGUAAUAGUACCGGGAGUGGUAGGGGCUCGGAAUGUUAAGUGGCUAAAAAGAAUUAUAGUCUCAAACAAUGAGAGCGACAGUCACUGGCAGCAGAACGACUACAAGGGGUUUUCCCCCGGCAUUGAUUGGGAUAACGUCGAUUUUUCAAAAUCACCUGCAAUCCAAGAACUACCGGUUACAUCAGCUAUUUGUGUACCUUCCCCAAAUCAAACCGUUACAGUUCGAGACGGUCAUAUAACAGCUUAUGGUUACGCUUGGUCGGGAGGUGGUAAAAAAAUUAUACGUGUCGACGUGACAAUUGAUAAGGGAGAUACCUGGCAUGUCGCAGAUAUUAUUCAACAGGAUUCUGCAGAACCCCCACAGCAUUGGGGAUGGUCUCUAUGGACUGUUCAGGUACCUGUUUCAAAAAAUGCUAAAGAAGUGGAAAUUUGGGUAAAAGCUGUGGACUCUUCAUACAAUACUCAGCCCGAAUCUUUUAAAAAUAUAUGGAACUUAAGAGGGGUGUUAAGCAACGCGUACCAUAAGGUACCGAUUAAAUUACAAUGGGAUUAAAACUAAACACUAUUUCUUGAUGACCAAAUAAAAGUUUUAUAUUUAC